AUGGCAACAGCGGUUCAAGCCACACCAACGCCAGCCCACGAACUCAUAUACAGGCCAGGCGAGCUGCCUAAACUACGAUCCAACUAUGGCCGCCACCUGGACCAGGACACCGUAGGCUGGAUGCGCGAAACCCCAAUCGACACCCCUCUCCCCGAAAUGCGCCGCCGCUUCGAAGAGGAAGGCUACAUCUUCGUCAAGAACCUCCUCCCGCGCUCCGACGUCCUCGACAUGCGCCGCGCCUACUUCGAACACCUCUCCCCGACAGGAAUCCUCGCACCAGGAACCGACCCCGUAGAAGGAAUCUUCAAUCCGCUCGCGGAUCCAGUCGCACACCACGGCAACGGCGGCCGAGACCUCCCGGAAGACGAAGAGAAAGUCCAAAAACUAAUCUCAGCACACACCCACCCAGCCUACCUAAACUUCCUCUCACACCCGACCCUGCACACCUUCGUCCGGGACUUCAUGGCCUGGAAAUCCGACAUCCUGAUCAAACGCACCCUCCUCCGCCACAACGUCCCGCAAGGCUUCUCGACGGGGAUCCACUACGACAAGAUCUUCCUCCGCGCGGGCGAAGCCGAUUUCCUCACCGCCUGGGUCCCCAUAGGCGAUUGUAAAGCCGAAGGGGGAGGAUUGAUGUAUCUCGAGAAUUCCACAGAUGUCGGGAAAGCUAUGGAAGAGGACUUCAACUCGCGCGCGAAGGAGCUUUCUCCUGAGGAGAGGAUCAACGGCUUCAACGUCAACAUGGCGAGAGAUGGGCAGCUCUCUCAUGAUGCUGUCGAAUUGACCUCCGCGAUCCAGGAGGGUGUUCAUGGAGGCGAGAGGAUGAAGAGGAGAUGGUUGGUAGGCGAUUACGAGGCGGGGGAUGUGGUGUUCCAUAAUCCUUAUAUGAUUCACGGGGCGGUGAAGAAUGAAGAUCCGAACGGGAGGAUUCGACUCAGUACGGAUUUGAGGUUUUAUGAGGAGGGGAGUGAGCUGGAUGAGAGGUGGAUGAGGGAUGUUUGGAGGCCUGGGGAUGGGUUGUGA